UAGGAUUCAGGGGAUUCACCUGAACGACAGUAUAGUCUAUUUACUGUGCCUGAACUUUGAACAUUAAUGGCUAAUUUGUAGUUCCUGGUUAGUGUGACUUGCCCACUGGUGCAAAAACCACUUUAUAUUGUUCAAAUUAUCGUGUUUAUGACAAAACUUUAAUCUCAAAAUUAGUUGUGACUGCUAAAGUUAAUCAAAAACGUCCAUCCAACGAAAAUACAAAAUGGAUAGUGUUAUUUUAGAGUUUAAUAAGCUAACUGUUUCUAAAAAGAAACGAUCAAAAACACAAGUUAAAGUAACUCAACUUCAUAUACCUGGACCAAUAAGAGUAUCAAUUGAUCCAAAUAUUUUAAAGAUAAAUAAUAAGUUUACACUCUCCAAUGAAGGAGAUUGUUAUGAAGUCAACAAUGUGCUGACGUAUAUCAAUCUCCACAAAGAUAAUGCUCAAUUCAAAGAUAUAAAAAAAUUAUUUGCAAAAUCCAAUAUGUUUGUAAAGUCUGUUAAAAAAGUUCAUAACCCGUAUCUGCAAAAAGCAUUUGAACUCAAGAGGAAUAUGCAGUAUGGAAACAAACAACCCAGAAGGCUAUUCCACGGUACAAAAGAAAAGUACGUAGAUAACAUUUGCACUUAUAAUUUUGACUGGCGAUUGGGAGGAACCGAGAAAGGCCAUCGACAUGGUAAAGGUGUCAACUUUUCACAAUCAGCACACUUUGCUACAUUUUUUUGUGACAAAAAGAGACGACGAGUGAUAAUACUGGCAGAUGUAUUGAUAGACGAAGUGAGGCCAGGAAAUAUAAACACACUUGUGCCACCUCGGGGCUCAGACACUACGUCCGGGAAAAAUGGCAUGAUUUUUGUUAAGUUUUAUGAUAACGAAUUCUAUCCCAAAUAUGUUAUCCAUUUUGAUAUGAUAUAUUUAAAAAAAUGAAGUAAAUUUAAUGACUGAAUACUAUUAAACUUUGUAUAAAAUGCUUGUAUCUCUGUUUGUUAUAAAAAUUUAAUAAAGCAGAAAAUAUUUAA